UUAGCUACGAAAGAUAGUUAAUUCACUUCAUUACCCAGAAUCCUAUGUGAUCUAAAUCGAAGGGAGUCGACGUACACAUCAACUGCGUUUUGCGAGGUUUCUUUGUAGUGACUUUUAAACACGGUUUUACGACGGGAAUUUAAAAGAGUUUACUGUUAUGCUUCGCGUAUGUUCUUAGUAAAGGAAGAGCGACGCUAAAUUUAUGGUUGGGACUAUAUUGUGGUAGUAUAUAGAGCAGUGUAACAAGUGGUGAUGACAUUCCCAGGUCACAAUCCUCACCUGUUUAGGUGGAGAGGGCUCGGGUCUGCAGAGAAGGUGCAUGAGAAGAAUUUCGACAUCGAUCAGUGGCGGAAGAGAGUGGAGGUGGCCUCUGAGUUUGCUGUGUCUGAAGUCUUCCCCCACAAAAAAACUCAUUCAGGAUUCAGCAGACCAGCUGUACCUUUGCAAAGCUCUGAACAGUUAAGAGAUCAUGACGAUGCUUACAGUGAAGCUCAGGCCCUUCUAGGUGAUUGGUUGGGCAACAAGCUAAGGAUGGAGUUGGAGAUGGAGGACGAAGACCUGAAGUGUUCUCCAGAGCAGAGAAGCCCAGCUGCACUGGCUACUGCCCAGUCCACCGCUAUGGACCACAACACCUUCGAUGAUUUUUAUAACUGCGUGGCUGAGGAAGAAGAGCACUUUGCUGUUAACAGCUUUCUACAAGGCCUAAUGGAGCAAGAAGUGUUAGAUUCUGGGAUGAUGGAGGAACUGGCCCUUGACGGUCGACAAACAAGGACGAAGUACAGAGACCCAAGCGUCACCAUGGAAGCACGACACCAGCAGGUGCGGGAGAACAGGGCCCGGCGGGAGGCUGAGAGACAGAGGCAGCAGAGAGAGAGGGAGGCUCGGCGGGACGCCAGGGAGGAGGCGAAGAAGAGGGAGCGAGGGGAGGAGAUGAGGAAGAGGCAGGAGGAGCGCAGGCAGGAGGAGAUGGUGCAGCAGGAGAUGGUGAGACUGCGACGUCAGAUGGAGGAGAGGAGAGGCCUGGAACAGCUGUAUCGACAGAGGGAAAGAGCAGAAGCGGGAGCGCAAACAGGAGCCAGAAGACUCCAGUCGCCACCAGCGCCUCCCGUAAAGCAGCAGCAGCAGCAGCAGGACGCUGAGCGGUUAUAUCAAAAACAGAAGAUUCAAGCCAAGGUCCACAUGAGCAACCUCAAGUGCCUGCAGAGGCAUUUCUCUGCGUGGUAUUCCGCGGUGCUGGACCGAAGGCUACGUCUGGGUAAGGCCAAGGCUCUGUGCGACUGGAAGAAGCAGCUCAGAGCGUGGCGAGCAUGGAGAGCUGUGGUGUGGGCGGAACAAAAGAAACGUGAGGUGACAAGAACAGAAGAGGAGCUGCGAAAUGACAACAGACAACGCCAGCUGGCUGCGGAAAGUGACCGAAGGCGGUUGCUACGGCGAUGCCUGAAUGAGUGGCAGCUAUGGUGUCGGAUGGAGAGGGAACAACGGGAUAUUUUGGCCCAGCAGCAGGAAACGAGACGCAAGAUGGCCGCCUUAAUUAGCGCGGCGUCAACGGGCAAACUCAAGGCCAGAGAGACCCCGGCUCCUCGGCUAAUAAUGGCCCCACCGGAGGCACCGAGCCAACCUGAGAACACGGGGAAGGAAGAUCACAAGGGGGCAGGCGCUCCAGCCCCCGAAGAAUGUGCGGCGCAUCGGAUCAAGACCCCCGCGGCUAAAGAUUCGCCGCCCUCUGAGCCGUGGCAGGUGACGCGACGCCAUGCGGCGCCCGCUCCCGCCGAGCUCCGGGAGGCACGGCAGAGGGCGGAGGGCCACCGUUCAAAAAAAAACGCGGCGUCACCGGGCGGCAGGUUCGAAAACAGACACGCAGUCCAGCAGGAGAUCAUCGCGCAACAGAGGAAGCUGCUGAAAGAGCAGCAAGAGCAAAUUUCCCGGCUGCGGGAAAAGGAGAGCAUGAUGGGCCUGGAGCUGGAAAUGGAGAAAACAGCGCAGCUUACCCAGCUAUCAGCGUUAAGAGGCUCGAGACCGAGGAGCCACAGUUCUGACACCGGGGAGCAGAGGACGCAGAGAGUUGCAGCAGAGAGCGAAAGUCAGCGUGCGCCUUCGAGGAAAACUGUCUCGAGGCAGACGUGCCCCCAUCCAAUCAUCACAGCCAUGGAGGCCCGUGCACACCAGCGCGCAGAGCGACGGAGGGAAAUCGAGGAACUCAGGAGGAAGAAAGACGAGGAAAAGCUGGCUGAGAUGAAAGCCGCAGAGGAGCAAAGACAGAGAGAGGAGGAGGAGGAGAAACGGAAGGCGGCGGAAAAACGGAGGGAGGAGAAAAGAAAAGAAAGAGAGAGGGAAGAGGAGAAACAGACGCAGCUGAAGAGGCAACAGGAGCUCCUCAGUCUGGCCCGUCAACACUAUCACAGGACCUCGUUGCUACGGCGAGGCCUGGCUCCAUGGAGACGCUUCAUUCAGCUCAGAAAGGCCGAUGUGGAGCUGGCCGAGAGUCACCGCAAUCUCUUCCUCCUGAGGCGGUGCACGCUAGCCUGGCAGCGAUCAGCAAGAGAGUCCCUGUCUGAGAAAGAAGCCUGCGCCGACCAACUGCACCAGCACUUUCUGCUUCGGAGGAGUUUAAGCUGCUGGAAACGACUGAAAGACGUGAGGGCGAUUCAGGAGGAGCGAGCCGAGCGCUUCCAUCGCAGACGCACUCUGAGGAGGUUUCUGCUGGCCCUGCUGGACCACGUGACCCAGGAGAGGCUGGUGGAGUGGGACCGUCGGGAGCUGGCUCAGGAGCACAGUGACAGACGGGUGCUGCAGCGAUGUUUCCUGGCCUGGAGGCGGCUUCCGUGUCUGCUGCGCAGGGAAAGACAGAGGGACGAGCGGCGGGAGAAGCUGAGCCGGAAAGUGGCCGAGGUUCUGUCGGAUUUCUGCUCCGUUCCGCUGUAAAGCCUCUGGGACGGGGGCGUCAGUGUAGGUGACAAAUUGCGUACAGAGGACGCGCAGACGUGUCGGCGCCGCUCGGUAGAGGACACGUACAAACAAAUAAUGAAUCCAUAUUUAUCACAUUAAUUUAAUAAAAUAAAUAUUUUUUUCCACAAACGCACACAAUCAUUAGCAAACACAAAAAGUUUUAAAUCCCACUGAGGACUGAAAGGCGGUGAUAGAGGAAAGCAGUGAAAAACUCAUUUGUCUAGCUGAUGUUAAUUUGUAUGGAUUCAUUUGCUCUUUUCGUAUCUUCUGCUUCAAUAUAUUCAGCACUGUGCAAUUCAUUUCUGAGGAACUUAAAUUAACCUGACUGUGCAGAGACGUUUUUUUUUUUUUGUUUUGUUUUUAUCUGU